AUGGGUCGUCCCAAGAGUACCGGGAGUAACUUGAAAUUCCUGUUGGGGUGUGCUGAUAACCUGGGGAUUGGGUUGAGCAGAAUGUGGUUGUUCCCAUGGUCGAAGAACUCUGUGGAAGUGGAGCCUGCUGAUUUUGCGUUGGUGGAUAUUGAUGGUGCAUUGUUGCUUGUACUGGUGGAAAAGCGUGCACCUUCUCAGGUUGAGGAGGAGGAAAGGCUUCUGGCUGGAUUUCUGGAGGCGGAGGAAAUGCUUGUGCCUGAGACUGAUGUUGAUCAAAAGAAGCUAGUCGUGGCUUCUGGGGAGCAUCAUCAGCUUGAUUUGGGUCUAAGCUUUGAGGAGGUAAAGCCCCCGCCGGCGUCAUCGAUGACCCUUUUGAUUGAUGAUGUUGACGGGGAGUUUGUACUUGCGGAUUGUGAUCAUCAAUGGCUGAGUCGAGCGGAGGAGGACAUGCAUGGUCAAGUUAUUUCUGUCUCAUAUCGUCGUGGGAGUCCAACUGGGCAUAAGUCAAAGGGUGAGUUGCAGAUGGAUCAGGCCGAUAGUAGUGUGGGACUUCACAAUGUAUUUGAUCAUGCCAGUUUGGACUUACAGAAUGUGAGUGACAAUGAUGAUGUUCCGACUGAAGAUAUCGACUGUGAAGGGUUUAAUAAUUUCGGAGACCACCUCGAGACGGUCCCUUUGACUCUCCUGACAGACCCUGAGCUGGAUGGUGGAAUGUCCCAAAUCCUGAUAACAGUUGAAUGGUUGCCUUCUGGCCCCGAUCCUGUUUCCGAUGAUCCGAGGACCAUAUACAGUAGCUGGAUACAAUACCGAGAUAUUAUUGAGCCAUAUUUGCCUAAUCGAGUAUUGCGCCAGAUUGGAUACAUCCAAGUCAUUCCUCCACCCAUUCCUCAUCCCCUGAGUGCAAAUCGUAGUGUGGGUUUACCGAUUGUUCGAACUUCACCAGGCACUAACACAAAGGCUUAUGUGAAGCCCAAAGAAGAUGACUUGAUGGAUGUUGCUGUUGCCUUAUUCAAAACGGGAGGGGGCACUUUAUGA